UUUGGUUCUGACAACAUUUACUCUCCGGUCCAACCUCAUUAAUUUCUUUCCGAUUCAUCCGCUGACCCUCGCUCCAACGCUUUUCAUUUCUUCUUCCAUUUAAUUUGCAGCUAUAUCUUCACACACACACACACACACACAAAAUGUCCAUAGCUAACUUACCUGAUUCCGCAAGCGGAGUAAUUAGCCUCAGAUAUGGUAUCGCCAUUGUCAUUGGCAUUUUGAUUCUCAUUUGCCUUAUCAUGUUUGCUUCCUACGCUUGUUUGCGCGUCAAAUUAGCUGCUUCUUCUAACACUGAAGACUUCACACCUGCAUCUUCUAAUGGGAUUAUUUAUAGUUACUUCCUAGGAUUGGAUCAGCCCGUUAUAGAGUCAUUUCCCAAAGUGGUGUUAGGUGAAAGCAAGAGAUUACCCAGUCCAACUAAUGCAAAUCUAUGUGCUAUUUGCUUGUCUGAUUACUGUGCGAAAGAUUUGGUUCGUUGUAUACCGGAAUGUCAACACUGUUUCCAUGUAGAUUGUGUUGACGAAUGGUUGCGGAAGAGUGGGACUUGUCCAAUUUGUAGGAGCUCUCCACCUAAUUCUCUAAUUGUCGGUUCAAACUUCGCCUAUGCUCACUACUCCUCUUGCCCAAUUAGUACCCUUGGCUUAUUAUCAGAGAUGAUGUAGUUGCAAAGGUGUAGGUAUUAAUUAAAUACGUUAUAAUUUGUAUAGUACUUCUUGUUUUGAAUUCUCUCCUUUUAUUUUUGUUUUCUUAUUACAAUUUGUGUACAAUCUUGUUCCUAAAUUUUAUGUAGAAAUUGUUGAAGUUCUUGUUUUUUUA